CUCACGCCAUUGCCUACUGUCACACUCCAUAUGUCUCUCCAUCUUCAAAGUUUCACCCUUUCCUUUCCUCUUUCAAAACUCUAACUCUCUCUCUCCCAUUCUUGGAACUGCGCAGUCAUUUUCUCUCUCUGCGGAAAACCCAAAGAAGAAAACACCCCCAUUGGUUUUGCCUGUGACUCAGAGUGAUUACCCACAGCAACAUUCCAAAUGUGCCGUCCGUGGUCGGCUUCUACCAUUAUUCUGUGUCUCUCUCUAUAUCUUUCUUUUUCUUUUCUUUGGAGCUGCACUCAUAGAAGCUGAAGAAAUCCUGUUAUGGGCUGUGUACAGGCCAAGCCAUUGGAUUCGGAAGGUCCAGACUACAGGGACCUAGAGAGGUUGAAGUUGGAUAAUGGGUAUGUCGCAAGUUCUGACUUUGUCGCACAUAGGAGAUCCACUGGCCAAAGACAUGACCCCAAUAAGGACCACCAUCACAGGCUGCACCAGCAUCAGAGAGAACAACCCGUAAAGAAUAUAGUUGAGUCUGGUGUUGCCAAGGAUGUUGCUGGGCAUCAUAAGGGCAAGGUGGUUGGAAGAGAGGGGAGGCGAGUCACGCGUCGUGAUGAUAAGAAAGUGACAAACAAGUCUUGCUUUGAGGAUGAGAUGGUAGAUGGGUGGCCGAGGUGGUUGGUUGAUAAUGUCCCUGCACAAGUGUUGGCUGGUUUGGUUCCCAGGAGUGCUGAAUCCUACAAAAUGAUUGAUAAGGUUGGACAAGGAACCUACAGCAAUGUUUAUAAAGCUCUGGAUAGAGACACAGGAGAAAUUGUGGCCCUGAAGAAGGUUCGCUUCAAUACAUCAGAGCCUGAAAGCAUAAAGUUUAUGGCAAGAGAAAUUACGAUAUUACAGAGACUGGAUCAUCCCAAUGUAGUCAAACUUAAAGGAUUAGCCACUUCAAGAAUGCAGUACAGUAUAUAUCUAGUUUUUGACUUCAUGCAAACGGAUUUGGCACGAGUUAUUGCUCGUCCUGAAAGACUAUCAGAACCACAGGUCAAGUGCUAUAUGCAUCAAUUACUUUCAGGUCUGCAGCAUUGCCAUGAUAGGGGAAUUCUUCAUCGAGAUAUAAAGGGAUCAAACCUUUUGAUUGAUAAAAAUGGGAUGCUUCAGAUUGCAGAUUUUGGACUUGCCAAUUUCUAUGGUCCAGAUCAUCAUCAACCUCUCACUAGCCGGGUUGUGACGCUAUGGUACAGAGCUCCUGAAUUGUUGUUAGGUGACACAGACUAUGGAGUUGGUGUUGAUCUGUGGAGUGCUGGAUGUCUCCUCGCAGAAAUGUUCAAAGGAUUCCCAAUCAUGCCUGGUAGAAAUGAGGUUGAGCAAAUUCAUAAAAUUUUCAGGCUAUGUGGCACACCAUCAGAGGAGUAUUGGAGAAAAUUGAAACUUUCUAUAACUUUUAGACCUCCGAAGUCUUAUAGACCCAGCCUUAUAGAAACUUUCGGGGAUCUCCCUUCUUCUUCUUUAGGUCUUUUAUGCACUUUGCUUGCUUUGGAUCCUGCAUUCCGUGGAACUGCAUUCAAAGCUCUUAAAAAUCAGUUUUUCUUUUCAAGCCCAUUGGCGUGUGACCUCUCUGGUCUGCCUGUACUCUUCAGAGAGGAUGAUGAGCAUGUUCAAGCCAACGAACAGAUCAAGUACAUGAACUCUAAAAUCAGACGUUCUCGUACAUAUCUGGAGCGUCGUAAGAGUUCAGCAUCUAAGAGGCCAAUAGAGCAUACUGUAUCUUCUAAAGAGGAAUUGAUAAGGAAUGCUAAACCUGAAACUUAUGCUCCAACUGAAGACAUGGGUAGCACAAGUAGUACCUCAUCUAGUGUAAACCCAGGAGGGGCUAAGGACCAAUCACCUUUUUUUCUAUCUCCAUUUGGGGAAUUAGAUCGAAAGCUAUCUCCAAAAACCCACCACCACCACCAUGUUAAUGUUGGUGAACAAAACAUCAAAAACCUUCCUCCAUUACCUAAAUCUAAACCAAAUGCUACCAAGAAAGAUGACAGUAGAUACAGACCUGACCAGUUUUUCAGGUCAGCUUCCACCAGAGAAUUCAGAUACUUAAAAAGAGAAGAACGUUUACUAUUGGAUUUUGAUCAUUAGGCUAUGGAGAAUAUGUAAACCCAAAAUGGUUAUUUUUUAUUUUAGUAUUUGGUGCAUUCUGAAAAACUUCACACAUUCUUUUCCCUAUUGCUGUGGCCUGACAUUUUGAUUCUCCCGUUCAAUAAGCAUCAGCCCAAGUUGCAUGCUUGUCC